AUGUCCCAAUCUGAUUCCUCUCUCAGCCUUCAAGGCAAAGUAGCCAUCGUUACCGGAUCUGCGGUUAUCCUCAACUAUGUCUCACCGUCCACAGGCCCUUCCGCUGCCACCGUGGCGCAGAGCAUCACCGCGGCGGGCGGACAGGCCCUGGCCGUACAGGCGGACAUCUCCCGACCUGACGAAGCAGAGAGGCUUGUGCAAGCAGCAGUCAAUGCCUUUGGAAGGCUUGAUAUCCUAGUCAACAACGCGGCUACUGGCACUCCGGGACCGGUACUCCGCGCUGCGCCCGAAGCUCUUGCGACCACCUUUGCUGUCAAUGUCUUUGGUCCAAUCUACCUCAUCCAGGAAGCAGUGAAGCACAUGCCGCCACGCAGUCGAGUCAUCAACAUCGGAUCGGUGGCGUCCAAGUUGGGCAUUUCAGGAUCGCCAGUCUAUAGCGCUUCAAAGGCGGCGAUGGAUGCGCUGACAUUUUCCAUGGCAAUGGAGCUUGGUCGCAAUCAUGGCGGCAUAACCAUCAACACAGUUUCCCCCGGUCCGGUAGAUACAGAUGGUCUGCCGCCUCAGGUGGCGGAAAAGAUCAACAAGACAAUGGUUCCCAUGAGCCGAGUCGAGGAGCGAUUGGGAACCGUGCAGGAUAUCGCGGACGCAGUGCUGUUGUUGUGCUCGGAGAAGAGUCGCUGGAUCUCCGGACAGGUCAUUUCCGUCAGUGGUGGAAUUGUGGGUGGCUAG